GGGUGUGGCCGAGCGCCGCGCGGGGCGGGGCGGGCCUGGUCUGCCGGUGUCAGGGCUGUGAGGUGGGAGCAGGGCCGGGCUGGCGGUAAUUGCCUUCCGCCCCGCGCCCGCCCGCUAUGAACUCACUGGAGCAGGCGGAGGAUCUCAAAGCUUUUGAAAGAAGGCUAACUGAAUACAUUGCGUGUUUGCAACCAGCUACAGGACGUUGGAGAAUGAUUCUGAUAGUGGUAUCAGUCUGCACAGCAACUGGUGCUUGGAACUGGUUAAUAGACCCAGAGACACAAAAGGUGUCGUUUUUCACAUCACUUUGGAAUCACCCGUUUUUCACAAUUAGCUGUAUUACUCUAAUAGGGUUGUUCUUUGCUGGAAUACAUAAAAGAGUGGUGGCACCAUCAAUUAUAGCAGCUCGAUGUCGAACUGUUUUGGCAGAAUAUAACAUGUCCUGUGAUGAUACUGGAAAAUUAAUUUUGAAACCUAGGCCUCAUGUUCAAUAAGGGCUGUCUUCCUUCAGUUUUUUCCACUGCCAUGGAAACCAAAAAUGACCUUUUUUUUUGUU